CUCCCUUCCUCUCUCUCGUAGAUUUGCUUUGGCGACGCAUCUUCCUCUCACAGCAAAAGGUUUUGACGUGCAGUUCCUGGAUCAAGUCUAGAAGACCUUACCUUCAGCUCAGGAUGUCCAGCAGGCCAAUGGAAGAAGAUGAUUUUAACUUGGCCUCGGGGAGUUUCUCAGUCCCAUAAGUACUGUAAAUGGGUGCCAGGAAUGAAGAAGAGGAGUUCAAUACAGGACCACUCUCGAUUCUCAUGAUGAGUGUCAAGAAUCAUACACAGGUCCUCAUCAAUUGCCGCAACAACAGAAAGCUUUUUGGCACUGUGAGAGCAUUUGAUUGGCACUGCAACAUGGUUCUGGAAAAUGUCAAGGAGAUGUGGACUGAGGUUCCAAGGACCGGAAAAGGCAAGAAGAAAGCCCAAGCGGUAAACAAAGACAGGUUCAUCAGCAAGAUGUUUAUCCGUGGAGAUUCUGUAAUCAUCGUUCUCAGGAAUCCCAAAUGAAAUGUUUUGCGGCAUCGACAAUUCUAAUGUUUUGUAGGAGAAAUGAUAAAGACUGCUGAAAAAUCAUACUAUGAUCGGGAAUGGAAAACCCAUUUUAGAGCAACUUGAAGAGUGCUGUAGUAUAGCCUUACCUAAUUUUAACAUUAAUCUCUGAUGCGAAACUGUUAACAUGAUCAAUAUUGUAGUAAAUCUCAACUUUGCAUUAUCAUC